AUGGAUAUCACUCCAUUUCUUCAAACUGGAAGAAACGUAUUGAGUGCAAGAGUCUUGAGGUUCUCUGCAAUAAAUGCGGCUGGGACGUCGAUGGCCAGAACACCCAUACCAGGACUCAUUCUCUGGUGUGCGAUAGGCGAGCAGAAACUUCACACCAAUUCCACCUGGAAGACAACCAAUGACCAAAAAACAGCACUUCUUCCAUCCUCAACGUGGGACUUACGAUUGGGGCCCUGUUUUUUGAACCUCAACGAAGAAGUCCAUGCGGGUAUUAUGUUAUCGGGAUGGGAAGAAGUUGAGUUUGAUGAUGCAUGCUGGAAAGAUUCUGAAAUAAGGACGAUGAAGAGAAAGAUGUCACCCAUGCUAGAUUCCAGAAAACUAACGCCAAGACCCAUUCCUCAUUUACCCGAAAUAUCUCGAAGGUUUGAUAAUGCGAUAACAUGCUCAAAUAAUUCGAGUUUGGAGGACUGGAAUAAACUCCUGCAAAAAGAUAGUCCUGUGAAACUAGAAGCCAGCACGGACACGGAAUUUGAUGUACCCAAAAUCCAAAUCUUGUGUGCUGAGUCUUAUGAGAACGACAUGGAUGCCGGCCAGCCAAGAACGAAAGAGGAUCGUACCAACUCGAAACCGGGAAAUUAUAUGGGCCAACUGAUACUUAUAUCUGUCACUUCACCCGGACCAAAUGUUAUUAUGAACCUUUCUGAUGGCGCACAUUCCGAUACAUUCGGAUCUCUCACUCCUCUUGUCGACAAGCUCUACUCUACAUCCGUCAACACUCUACUCAAUUGUAUGCAUGAAACUCAUGAGGAUUGUCCUUACUAUGAACAAAAUCAAUUCAGUAUGGACACUCGUCUACAGCUUCUCUAUUCCUUUACUAUAUCUUGUUCAAACAUUCUUGCCCGCAAAACCAUCCACGAGUUUUAUGCAUCUCAUAGAGAUGAUGGGCUACUGGAAACUCACUUCCCAAAUCCUGGUCGGUCAAUGAAUAUUCCCCAAUUUUCGUUGUAUUGGAUUUUCAUGAUUGAGGAUCACUCAUUACAUUUUUGUGACUUCAAGUUCGUCAAACAAUACUUAGGCACAAUUGAUGGGAUACUGGACCAUUUCAGCGAUCAUUUGAACGAAAUUGGCCUUGUGGGACAAUUUGAGGAAGAGGGUACAUGGCCUUUUAUUGACUGGGUAAAAGAAUGGUUUACACCAGCACGAGUCUCCAGUCUGGGGGUACCAAAAGCAUAUUUCGAAACAGGAGCCGCCACUGUAAACAGUCUAGUUUAUGCGAUGGCCCUUAAAUCUGCGUCGGUAUUAUGCGAAGCACUGCUCAGAAAUGAUACUGCAAACGAAUACCUUGAUAGGGCCAAUGCCAUCAUCCGUGCUGUCAAUGAACAUUGCUUUGAUAGCAGUAAUGGUCUAUAUCUUGAUGGACCCGGUGCUAACUGUUCGAGAAAGAGAGGCAUUUGGACUUGCAAAUGCAUCAUUUGCGAUAUCAUUCUACAUGUUCCGAGCCGUGGCCAAAGCAGGAAUCUAUGGGAAGUUUGGGAAGAGUUGCUAGGCCCAUGGAAAAUGAUGCUUGACCAAAAUCUGACAACUUGGGCGGAAAGUGAAAGUAUGGUCAGCAGUGAUUGUCAUGGAUGGAGUGCUACUCCCAUGUAUGAGAUUAUGAGGGAAAUAGUCGGUAUCAAAUAUCCGGCCACAAAUGAUGACGAAAGGUGUUUGACAACGAUCGUUGAACCUAAAUUUGAUCUGGUCAAUCAAAUCAAGGGUACCUUUGUUACUGGUGAAGGGGGGAGUAUAGAUGUCUCUUGGGAAAAUCCUGGAUCUGUCAAGCUCAGGAGUUCGAAUGAAAGCAGGGUUAAAUUGAUACUCAAGGGUGUUUUCUAUGAUGUCAAGCUUGUAACUGAGAUCGACCACAGUGUGGAAAGUUUUCUCCUUCCAUUCCUCGCGAUAUCCCAUAUCAUCGUUGCAGUUCACAGACCUUUGAGUAUAGUUCACCAAACGGGCCUGAUGAGAGGAUCCCCGUCGGGCAAGUACAACUGUUAG